AUGUUUGCCUCUGUUGGUGUAUCGGAAGAUCAGGUCUUUGGGGAAUUAUACCUCGCAUGGCUAAAAGACACGGGUGAAAAGAACACAAAUGACUCCCGUAAACUCUUCCGCGAGGUGAUUGAACGGGGAUUUGGCGAUCAUCAGAUCAUUAUGCGAAAAGAACGUUUAGGUGCAAAUGUGGCCGCCAGCCUCGCAGCCCUUUUACACCGUUCUCCCCUCACUCGUCUCGAUUUACACGGCAAUACCCUGCGGGAUAGCGGCUGUGAGAUGUUGGCCCACCUCAUACGCGAUCUCCCUAAUUUACUCUAUCUAGAUCUCGGCGCCAAUGAUAUUGGUCCACUUGGGAUUCAAGUAUUAAGCUUUGUGGUGGCCAGUCAUAAGAAGCUGCGGACUCUUAUUCUCGGAUCCUCCAAGUCUGAUGCCUAUGCCAAUCGCAUCAACGAAACAAGUGCCACAAUGCUACUGGAGGGAUGUCUUCGAAGUCGAACAUUACGACAUUUGGAUGUGAGUGGCAGUUCUAUUGGGGAUCGUGGUUUGGUUGGUACGGGUUCUGUCUCUAGUAGCAGCAGUAGUGGUGUUACUGUUAAUAAUGUAAAACAACGAAUGGCAAUGACAGAACUCGCGGUACGUCCACCUUCGCAUGGAUCCAGUAGCCGUGCAACUUCUGCAGCAGCACGUAAUCGUUAUAUUUCACUUACAAGUGCUGCAGGAGCUAAAAGUGGUACAGGUACAGAAGAUGGAGCUAAUAUGCUUGGUCUUGGAGGAGGCAAUCGACGUCCUAUUGAUGUAUUGGCAGAGUUAAUUACUAAUUCAACAACUCUUACAACACUCAAAUUACGUGAGGUACAAUUAACUACAGAUGCGGCUUUACGACUAAUUCAUGCAGCUACACAAAGUAGCAGUUUUGCCUUUAUAGAUCUCUCCGGUAAUUCUCUUACAGGAGCGGUCGGUGAUGCUUUUGGAGACCUUAUUCAUGGUCGAGCUUUACAUCAAAAUCCUUCCGCAUUACAUACUAUAUUACUAAGUAAUAAUCCAUUAAUGCAACCAAAUUCUCAUACGGCACCACCACGUAUAUUUUCUUCACUUUCAAGUGAUCGUGUGGUGAUACGUUUACAUUUGGAUAAUUGUGGUGUUAAUGAUACAGCAAUGGCAACAUUAUGUCAAGCUCUUUCAAGUAAUGGAGCAUUACAAACUUUACACUUAAAACACAAUGCUAUUACAGCCGAAGGAGCUGUUAUGUUGGCUAGAGCUCUUUAUCAACAUGCAUGUUUGCAAGAUGUUUCUCUGGAAGGAAAUAUCUUACGAGAUGAGGGUGCUUGUGCCUUUGCUAGUAUGUUGGAGGCUAAUAACAAGUUACUUUCCCUUAAUUUGGCCCAUACAUGGAUGGGAGAGCGUGGUGUAAUUGCCCUUGGUGUAUCUCUUGCGGAGAAUAAGACGCUGCAGCGAUUGCAUAUAGGAGAGAAUCACAUUACCGAGGAUGCUGGUGAGGCAUUUGCGGCAUUAUUAGAGAGUAACCAUUCCCUUCUACGGUGUGAGAUGCAGGGAAAUAGCAUUGGUCACCAUACGGUGUUGCGGGUGGAGAAGCUCACUGCCCGCAACCGUGAGGCCUACCGCAACAUGGAGAAGGAUGAGCUAGAGAAGGAUGUGAUCCGUCUGCACUACCAGAUGUACAAGCUGGACGAGGCCCGUGCGGAGCUGGAGGAGCUGCAGCAGAAGAAACUCGAGCUUGGCCGUGCGCUGGACGCCUUUGAGGUGCAGUUCAAGCAGGAGAAGGCGGACUGCAGCAAGCGGGAGCGGGAACUGCAGGAGGCGCUGGAGAACGGCCUGGAGAUGGAGACGCACUGCCACGAGGCGAAGUCCCGCCUCGACGAGGAGCUCCUCGCGGCGCAGCGGCAGACGGAGUUGGACGUCGUCUCCGGCCGCGAGCGCUACGAGGCGGAGGCCGCACUGCGGGCGGAGGUCGAGGCGGCCCACGCGGCGCUGCGGGCGGAGUUGGACGAGGCCCUCAACAACGGCCCCCAGCGGGAGGCGGCGAAGCGGGAACAGCUGCGGGAGCUGCAGGAGGACACGCAGCGCUGGUCGGCGCAGCGGAAGGAGUACCGCAACACCAUCGCAGAGGUGCAGGCCAUCGUGAAUCAACUCUUGGCGAAGAGUAGCUCCGCAGAGGGGAAGAAGAAGAAGAAGGGAGGGAAGAAGUCAAGUUAG